CUGAACCUCAACAACAACAACAACAACCAACAACAGCAGCGACAAAUAUUGUUCAAUCAUCAUCAUCGAGAUUGCAAAAUUUAUUUCCAUUAAAAAAUAAUCGUAUUGUUCAUUCACCCGUUAUCACUAACAAUAUCAACAACAAUGAUCAUCUGAUAAUAAGCAAUAAUAAUGAUAUUGUGGAUGAUGAUGAUGAUGAUUAUAAUAAUAAUAAUGAUCGAUAUAAACGAAAAAAAUUUUUAUUAACAUUACAUUGGAUAAUACCAAUCAUAUUUAUAAUAAUUAUAAUUAUUUUUGUUUAUUUCACCAUAUUCCAUGAUUCAAUUGAUGCUGCCAAAUACAACAACAACAACACCAAUAUGAAUAAUCAUUGUGAAAAAUCUGAAUUAAAAACAAAAUCAAAAGAAUCAUUAGAACAACAAGAACAACAAUUAGUUAAUAGUGGUCAUUAUUUAAGUAUAUAUUUUGUUACAUGGAAUGUUGCAUCAAAAGAACCACGUGGAUCAUUUGCUGAUUUAUUUAAUUUUUAUCAUCGUCUUUAUGAUGCAUAUGUUAUUGUUUUGGAAGAAAUGCCAAUGAAAACAUAUAUCUAUAUUGAUGGUUGGCGUUCAUCAAUGGAACAAUUAUUUCGUCAAGUUGGUUAUGUUCUUUUACGUAAAGAAUCGGCCAUACUUACAGGUGUUUUUCUAUUUGUACGUCGUCAAGAUAUUUAUCGUUAUUCAUCUGUACAGACUUAUCCGGUUAAAUUACAAAGCGAUCGAGCAUUUGCAUUCAAAGGUGCUGUUGGCUUACGAUUUGUUUAUCAUCGAAUUCGUGUAGCUAUUAUUGGUGCACAUUUAACACCACACGAUGAAAAUUAUCAAAAACGUAUAAAAGAUUUACGUACAAUUAUGUCCGAAGUUUAUUUUAGUAAUCGUACUGAUACUGUUCAUAAUCAAGAUAUAACAUUUUUAAUUGGUGACCUUAAUUUUCGUUUGGAUCCUAUGAACGAAUCAAAAGAAUCGUAUGAUGAAGAAAAAGAAUUUGAAUCAAUUGUACAAUUUAUUCGUGAAAAUCGAAAUAAUAAAGAUCCAAAACGUUAUGAAUCAUUAUUAAAAUAUGAUCAGAUACGUAAAGCACAACAAAAAGGUGAUAUACCAUUAAAAGAUUAUGAAGAAUCAUCAAUAUCAUUUGCACCAACAUUUAAAUUUGUUAUCGAUUCAUGUGAUCAAUAUGAUCGUAAACGUCGACCAGCAUGGACUGAUCGUAUAUUAUGGCGUAAUUUACUUAAAUUUCAAAGUCGUUGGCAAAAAACUGAUCAUUCAAAAAUGUCAUCAAUCGAACCAAUAUCAAUGUAUUAUGAUUCAUUACCACAAUAUACAACAAGUGAUCAUAAACCUGUACGACAAUUAAUAUGGAUACCAAUUAUGGAAAUGAAAGAAAUUAAAAAAGAUUUAAAUCGAAAACGUCGUGAUACACGUCGUCUUACAUUACCAACAUUAUUUGAUCAACUACCACAACCUCCAUCUACAGUUGCUUCUUAUCAACGUUUACGAUCCGAUUCGGUGACAACAUUUUUACCAGCAACUACUACGGAUGAAUUUCCAAUGGAUAUGAUAUCAAAUGAAUUAUCAUCAAUAGAUACUGAAAUUGAAGCAAAUGAAAAUUCUUUGUUAUGGCCAAAUAUUGAUGAUCCAUCAAUAUUUCAGCCAACAUAUCGUAUUGAAUUUUUUCGUAUACCCGAUUGGAAUCGAACGAAAAAAUUUUAUGCAAAUUUCAAAAUUGUAACCGAUGAUGAUGAUGAUGAUAAUCACGAAAGAAGACCAGUAUCGAUUCGUAAUCCAUCUGUUCGAAAAUUUAUCGAUCAAUGGGAUUGGAUUGGAAUUUUUCCGGAAAAAUUUACAUCAUUAGAUGAUUUUCUUACAUAUUCUUAUCCAAGAUUUGGUAAUGCAUUACCGACUGAACAGGCAGCAGAUGCUUUAUCAAUGUUAAACAUUGAUGAUGAUGAUAAUAUUAGAGAUUUUGAUGAUGAUUCACAACAAGGUGAUCAACAAUCUAGUAGAAGUUCCAACAAAGAAGAAACUUCUUCUAUUGAUUCAUCUUCGAUAACAACAACAACAACAACGUCGAUCGAUACUACUACUGACGAAGUAUUUUCAGUUCAUUUUGAUGAACAAAUACCAAUAUUAGCUGGACGUUAUUUAUUGAUUUAUAUUAGAAAAAAUGGUGAUGUUAUUGGAAUAUCCGAACCAUUCGAUAUUGAAAGAGAUAUUGAUUUAUCAAGUGAUAUUUCAUAAUGAUUAUAAAAAAAACAAUAAUUUGUUAUUUUGAUUGGCCAAAAUUUUAACUCUUCACUUUAUAGACUAAUAUAAAAAACAGACACUUA